AUGGUCAUCCACUCAUCAAGAUUUGGCAAGUUAAACUGGUCAUUUGAUAAGAGGGCACCUGUAAAUAAAAAUGGCAAGGGUAAAACUAAACCCCAACAGAAAAAUCCACAACCUAAGAAUGCCAAACAACCCACACUCCCUUUAAAAAAACCACAAAACACGCCUGAGAAGACUAAUGAUAAAAAUGCCACACCCCCUUUAAAAGUACCACAAGACACACCUGGAAAGACUAAUGAUAAAAUUCCAAAAAAUAAACCCAAUCCAGAGGAAGGUAAAACGUUUCCAAAAGGUUUACCCAAUAAUGAUAAAAAUAAUGAUAAAGGAAAAGGAAAAGAAGUUCCAACAAAUAUAAAUGAGCCUAAACCCAAAAAGAUAGAGAAAGAUGAAUUUAAAAUGAAGGAUCAAAAAAAAGACAUAAAUACCACUAUGAUAGGGAAAAUGCCUCCUACAAUGAUUCCAGAAAAGGCUCCAUUACCUUUGGAACAAGGCAAAUCGCAAACAUUAUCAAAUGUUACUAUCAUAGUAAUCGGUGCGAUCGUUUUUGGGGUGUUUUUGGUAGCGUUCAUCGUUUAUCGAAAAAGGUCUAAUUCACGAAAAGGUGCGGUGCGCCUUUAUGACAAUGAUGAUGAAUCUCAAAUGAAUGAAAAACCAAGGUUCAUUGAUAAAUCCACGAUAACCUCGCCAUCACGCAUUCAAAGCCAACCUCCAACGAUUCAAUUAACCAGACUUUCUUCAACCAAAAUUCAUCUUAAUGUUACUCCUUCUGAAAACAAUUUCAAUAAUAAUAAUUACAAAAACAAUUAUUUGUUUCCAUAUACAAACGAUCACAACCUAUCAUCAUCUAAUAGAAUCACUUUAGGCGAUUAUAAUGAUUAUAAUGAUUAUAAUAUUCAAGGAACCACCGAUUAUACGCAAAAUUAUAAUGAUUAUUAUCAAACGCGGAAUAGUUAUGCCUCAAGUCGCGAAUCAUAUUCUUCUUCAUUAGGAGGCGCUUUCCCUGUACCACCUCGAAGAAUUUCCGAUAAUAGCGUCAGUACCGCUACGCCAACAAGUGCUACCUUCAGAGAUCACAACCAUUUCCCAAAAAGUUAUCAGUAUUGUAGAAAAUCCUCCUUUCAAAAUUAA